GUAACGCCACCAUUCUCCAGUUUUCCCGUUUUCCCAGUGGCGGUAGUGAGUGAGCGAGCGAGUGGAAUUCGCUGGCUGGCUCUCUGGGAAUUUCUUCCAAGCACAUCAGCGGCCACUGCCAUGGCUGAACGCCGCGCCUUCGCCCAGAAGAUAAGCAGGACUGUGGCAGCAGAAGUCAGGAAGCAAAUAGCGGGCCCGUAUGGAGGCUCCCCACAACUCUUCAAAAACCCCAAUGUUGGCAAUACAGCAAGUAACACAGUUCCACUUACAGAGGCAGUGGAGCCAGUGGAUUUUGAGGAGUACCUCAUCACUCACCCUCCAAUUGUGGAGUCAGGACCUCUAAGAGAUCUGAUAGAGUUUCCCCCGGAUGACAUUGAGGUCAUCUACACUCCCAGGGAGUGUCGCACAGUGGUACAAGCCGUGCCAGAGGAAGGGGACACAGACCCUCAUGUGAGAGACUGCGUCAGAUCCUACACAGAGGACUGGGCCAUCGUCAACAGAAAAUACCACAAACUUGGCACAGGCUUCAACCCAAAUUCAUUGGAUAAGCAGAAAGAGCGUCAGAAAGGCUUACCCAAACAAGUGUUUGAGGCUGAUGAAUUGCCGGAGAGCAGCAGCUAUCAGGAUGACCAGGAUGACCUCAAGCGGCGCUCAAUGUCCAUUGAUGACACGCCUCGGGGAAGCUGGGCGUGCAGCAUCUUUGACUUGAAGAAUUCCCUCCCUGACGCUCUCCUCCCUCAUCUCCUCGAUCGUGCGCCCAAUGAAGAGAUUGACAGACACAAUGAGGAGCAACGCAAGACCAACCGCCAUCGGGAACUCUUUGCUCUCCACCCAGCUCUUGAUGAGGAGGACCCUAUUGAGCGUCACUGUGUGCCCGAUGUACCCAAAGAGCACUUUGGCCAGAGACUACUUGUAAAGUGCUUGUCCUUGAAGUUUGAGAUCGAAAUUGAACCCAUAUUUGCUAGUUUGGCUUUAUACGAUGUGAAGGAGAAGAAAAAGAUAUCCGAGAACUUUUUCUUUGACUUAAAUUCCGAGCAGACAAAGGCUAUGUUGCGACCUCAUAUUCAGACUGCAGCCAUUUCCACAUUGGCACGCUCUGCCGUAUUCUCAAUCACGUACCCCUCUCAGGAUGUCUUUCUGGUCAUCAAGCUGGAGAAGGUACUGCAGCAAGGGGAUAUUGGGGAAUGUGCUGAGCCCUACAUGGUCUUCAAAGAAUCAGAUGCUGCCAAGAAUAAAGAGAAAUUGGAGAAACUACGCAGCCAGUCUGAGCAGUUCUGCCAACGCCUUGGCCGGUACCGAAUGCCUUUUGCUUGGACAGCCAUCCACCUAAUGAAUAUUGUCAACAGUGCUGGCAGUCUAGAGAGAGACACUGAGCUAGAGAUGAGUCUUUCAGAGAGAAAAGGCUCAUGGUCAGAACGGAGGAACUCAAGCAUCAUGGGAAGGCGGUCUCUGGAGAGAACCACCAGUGGCGAUGAAGCAUGUAGUCUCACUGGAUUCAGACCUGCUACUCUCACCAUCACCAACUUCUUUAAACAGGAGGGUGAUAGGUUGAGUGAUGAGGACUUGUACAAAUUUCUUGCUGAUAUGAGACGACCUUCUUCAGUAUUGAGGAGACUCAGACCCAUCACAGCCCAGUUGAAGUUGGACAUUUCCCCAGCCCCAGAGAACCCCCACUAUUGCUUGACACCUGACCUUCUGCAGGUUAAACCUUACCCUGACAGCAGAGUACGACCCACCCGGGAGAUCUUGGAGUUUCCGGCCAGGGAUGUCUAUGUGCCAAACACCACAUACAGAAAUCUGCUGUAUGUGAACCCGCAGAGCCUCAACUUUGCCAACCGACAAGGCUCGGCCCGUAACAUUACGGUGAAAGUGCAAUUUAUGAAUGGAGAGGAUCCGAAUAACGCUAUGCAGGUGAUCUUUGGGAAGUCAAGCUGUGCUGAUUUCUACAAAGAGGCCUAUACUUCUGUAGUGUACCACAAUCGAUCCCCUGACUUUCAUGAUGAAAUCAAGAUCAAGCUUCCCGCCUCCUUGUCAGACCACCACCACAUCCUCUUCACCUUCUACCAUGUCAGCUGCCAGCAGAAGCAAAACACAUUGCUGGAGACCCCUGUGGGGUACACGUGGAUCCCUAUGUUGCAGAAUGGACGUUUGCGGACAGGGCACUUUUGUCUUCCAGUGUCACUGGAAAAACCACCGCAGUCAUACUCUGUACUUUCACCAGAUGUUCCACUCCCAGGGAUGAAGUGGGUGGACAACCAUCGUGGAGUAUUCAAUGUGGAAGUGGUUGCUGUUUCAACCAUCCAUACACAGGAUCAGUAUUUGGAUAAGUUCUUUGCCUUGGUACAUGCCCUGGAUGAGCACAUGUUCCCAGUCAGGAUAGGAGACAUGCGAAUCAUGGAGAACAACCUGGAAACUGAGCUGAAGUCCAGCAUAGCUGCACUGAACUCUUCCCAGCUGGAGCCAGUUGUUCGAUUCCUGCACCUUCUACUUGACAAGUUGGUGUUGCUUGUGGUCCGACCGCCAGUCAUCGCUGGACAAAUUGUGAAUCUUGGCCAGGCAUCAUUUGAGGUGAUGGCAUCCAUUGUAAACCGCCUCCAUAAGUACCUGGACACCAGCCAGGACAUGCAUGGCCGCAACAGUCUGCUGUCUUCAUACAUCCACUAUGUCUUCCGGUUGCCGAGCACGGACCCCAAUGCACCUUCACCAGACAAAACAUGCUUUACAGGCCCUGGAGGGCUGGGUGGUUCUGUUCACUAUGCCACCAUGGCUCGAUCAGCAGUUCGACCAGCCAGCCUUAACCUCAACCGCUCUCGUAGCCUUAGCAAUAGUAACCCUGACAUCUCCGGUACACCCACCUCUCCUGACGAUGAGGUUCGCUCCAUCAUUGGCAGCAAGGGCUUAGACCGGUCCAACUCGUGGGUACACACCAUGGGUUGUAAGAGUGCCCCUUGGGGAUCCAGCCCUGGGUCUGCUCCAGAAACCAUGCAGGCCAUGGAGCGCUGUGGCAAUCGCAUGUCUUCGCACACAGAGAGCGCCAGUUUCUUGCAAACUUUAACAGGACGGUUGCCCACAAAAAAGCUCUUUCAUGAGGAACUGGCCCUCCAGUGGGUGGUGAGCAGUGGAAGCGUCAGGGAGGGAGCCCUCCAGCAGGCCUGGUUUUUCUUUGAACUCAUGGUGAAGAGCAUUAUCCACCACCUUUACUUUGCUGAUCGCCUGGAGUCGCCCAGAAAGAACCGAUUCCCAGAACGCUUUAUGGAUGACAUUACAGCACUGGUCAGCACCAUUGCAGGGGACAUUGUGUCGCGUUUCCAGAAGGAUCUGGAACUGGUUGAGAGACUGAAUACAAGUCUAGCGUUCUUUCUCAAUGAUUUGCUGUCAGUCAUGGAUAGAGGCUUUGUCUUUACCCUUAUCAGGGCAUACUGGAAGCAGGUGUCCGCAAAGAUUUUCACGCUGCAAAACCCAACCUUGGAGUCCCUGAGACUUGAUUUCUUGAGAAUAGUGUGCAGCCAUGAACACUACGUCACUCUCAACCUGCCUUGCAGCUUGCUCACGCCACCUGCCUCACCAUCACCGUCUGUCUCUUCAGCGACUUCGCAGAGCUCUGGGUUCUCCACUCAUGUCCAGGACCAAAAAAUAGCAAACAUGUUUGAACUCUCUGUGCCCUUCAGAGAACAACACUUCAUGGCUGGGCUUGUACUGUCAGAACUGUCUGUGAUACUGGACCCAGACAAUGAGGGGAUGUUUGGCUUGCAUAAGAAAGUGGUCAGUGUUGUUCAUAACCUGCUCUCCAGCCAUGACUCCGACCCCCGUUAUGCAGAUCCCGAGGUCAAAGCCCGUGUUGCUAUGCUUUACCUUCCUUUGAUUGGCAUUGUCAUGGAGACACUGCCACAGCUUCAUGACUUUACAGAGUCACUUAACCAGUGGGGUCGACCAGGGGGCCCCCAGGGAGCACCUGUGAGCAGCAAUGGGGAAGACGCUGAGGGAGAGGCAAACAGCAUGAUUAAUCAGACUGUCGCCAUGGCAAUAGCGGGCACUGCCACUACCUCUUCGAUGUCCCGACCGAGCAGCUUCUUGUUGAAUUCGCAGGCGAAUCGUCAGCAUGGGAGCUUUUCGGCUGAGUCAAGUCGCAGUCUGCUCAUCUGUCUACUGUGGGUGCUAAAAAAUGCAGAUGAGCUGGUGCUACAAAAGUGGUUCACAGAUCUUUCAGUGUCCCAGCUGAACCGCCUUUUAGAGCUCCUCUACCUCUGUGUCUCUUGCUUUGAGUACAAGGCCCAUGUUGUGUUCACCAUGCAGGGAAAGAAGGCGUUUGAGCGCAUGAACAGUUUGACCUUUAAGAAGUCCAAAGACAUGAAGGCCAAGUUGGAAGAGGCCAUACUUGGUAGCAUCGGUGCCAGACAGGAGAUGGUGCGUCGCAGCCGUGGACAGCUUGAGCGUAGUCCAUCAGGCAGUGCCUUUGGCAGCCAGGAAAAUCUGCGGUGGAGGAAGGACAUGACCCACUGGCGACAGAACAGUGAGAGACUAGACAAGAAUCACAGAUCAGUCAGGACCAGAGCAGAGUUGGAGCAUGAAGCGCUUAUUGAUGGCAACCUCGCAACGGAGGCCAACUUGAUCAUCCUUGAUACAUUGGAGAUCAUUGUGCAGACGGUAUCAGUGACCGAAUCAAAGGAGAGUGUCCUUGGUGGGGUGCUGAAAGUCUUGCUUCACAGUAUGGCUUGCAAUCAGAGCGCUCUCUACCUGCAGCACUGUUUUGCCACACAGAGAGCACUGGUGUCGAAGUUUCCUGAACUGCUGUUUGAAGAGGAGACGGAGCAGUGUGCCGACCUGUGUCUGCGACUGCUAAGGAGCUGCAGCAGCAGUAUAAGUACCAUCAGGGCCCAUGCCAGCGCCUCCCUCUACCUCCUCAUGAGGCAGAACUUUGAGAUUGGGAACAAUUUUGCAAGAGUGAAGAUGCAGGUGACCAUGUCCCUUUCUUCAUUGGUGGGAACAUCCCAGAAUUUUAACGAGGAGUUCCUACGCCGAUCUCUGAAGACCAUCCUUACUUAUGCUGAGGAAGACCUUGAGCUUAGGGAAACUACUUUUCCAGACCAGGUGCAAGACCUUGUGUUUAACUUGCACAUGAUCCUGUCUGACACAGUCAAGAUGAAGGAACACCAGGAAGACCCAGAGAUGCUUAUUGAUCUCAUGUACAGAAUUGCCAAAGGUUACCAGACGUCACCAGACCUCCGGCUCACAUGGCUCCAGAACAUGGCUGGAAAGCACUCUGAGAGGAACAACCAUGCCGAAGCUGCUCAGUGUUUGGUGCACAGUGCUGCCUUGGUAGCGGAAUACCUAAGCAUGUUGGAGGAUCGCAAGUAUCUUCCUGUCGGCUGUGUCACCUUCCAGUAUAUUUCCUCCAAUGUGUUGGAGGAGUCUGCAGUUUCUGAUGAUGUGGUGUCACCGGAUGAGGAAGGCAUCUGCUCAGGGAAAUACUUUACUGAGCUCGGCCUAGUGGGACUCUUGGAACAGGCUGCUUCAUCCUUCUCUUUGGCUGGCAUGUACGAGGCAGUAAAUGAAGUGUACAAGGUACUGAUCCCAAUCCAUGAAGCCAACCGGGAUGCAAAGAAGUUAGCCACCAUCCAUGGUAAACUGCAGGAAGCCUUUGGCAAAAUUGUCCAUCAGAGUACUGGCUGGGAGAGGAUGUUUGGAACAUACUUUCGUGUUGGGUUUUACGGUUCCAAAUUUGGCGACUUAGAUGAGCAGGAGUUUGUUUACAAAGAACCAGCCAUCACCAAGUUGGCUGAAAUCUCUCACAGGCUGGAGGGUUUCUACGGGGAUCAGUUUGGUGAAGAUCAAGUGGAAGUCAUUAAGGAUUCCAACCCAGUAGACAAGUGCAAGCUCGACCCCAAUAAGGCCUUCAUCCAGAUCACGUACGUGGAACCGUACUUCGACACUUACGAAAUGAAGGACCGCAUCACGUAUUUCGACAAGAACUACAACCUGCGGCGUUUUGUCUACUGCACCCCCUUCACGCUGGAUGGACGAGCGCAUGGGGACCUGCACGAGCAGUUCAAGCGCAAGACCAUCCUGACCACCUCCCAUGCCUUCCCUUACAUUAAGACACGCAUCAACAUCAUCCACAAAGAGGAGAUUAUUUCCACCCCCAUUGAGGUGGCCAUCGAAGACAUGCAGAAGAAGACACAGGAGCUGGCCUUCGCCACCCACCAGGAUCCUUCUGAUGCCAAGAUGUUGCAGAUGGUCCUACAGGGGUCCGUGGGCACCACUGUCAACCAGGGGCCGUUGGAGGUUGCCCAGGUGUUCCUAUCCGAAAUCCCUAGCGACCCCAAACUGUACAGACACCAUAAUAAGCUACGACUCUGCUUCAAGGACUUCACAAAGAGAUGUGAAGAUGCCCUGCGGAAGAACAAGAGCCUGAUUGGUCCCGACCAGAAGGAAUACCAGAGGGAGCUGGAGAGGAACUACCACCGCCUGAAGGAGGCGCUGCAGCCUCUCAUCAACAGAAAGAUCCCUCAGCUUUAUAAACCAGUGCUGCAGGUCAACUCGCACAGAGAUUCAUUCAGCAGACUAAGUCUUCGCAAAGUUGACAUUUGAAGAAGCCACGCAAAGCCACACCAGAAGAUGCAAUAUUAAUUUAUUCUUGAGUGUAAAUAGCAGAACGGUUCGUGAAAAGGCUUCAAGUCGGUACGUCAUUCCAGUGUCUUAUCCUGUUUACACACAACUCAAUCUGCGGGACGAACAAGUGGAUCUUCAGUUUUAAAGAGACACCUUGACCUUUUUAGACUUGGGGAAUGUUUUCCUCAUAGGGUGCAUUUUUUUUUUUUUUUAACAAUUUUAUGUUAACCUUCACUCCACAAGUACGAGCCAGCUUGCUGCAAGCUACCAAAACAAACCAAUGCUACCAAGAAUGUUGACAUUAAGUUAUUGGUUGAAGUGCCAAAAAAACUACUUUUUACGCCAAAUUCUGACAAACCUUUUUAAAUGUCAAGGUGUCUUUUUAAUUAACGUAUGUGUCAAAGAAAUCUGUAUUCAAUGUGUGCACUUUUUUUAAAUUCUGGCGUAGCAAUGCAUUUUACAACUUGAAAGUUAAUGUUAUUAUGGGGGGGGGGGGUGGAAAAAUGAAAAUGUGCAAAAAAAAAGUAUCAUUAUUUAUCAUAUUGCUUUACCACUUUUUGUUAAAGCAACAAUGCUUCAGUUAGGUACUGAAAAUGUAUAAUUUUAUGUAGUUCUGUUUUUGUUAAUUUUAAUAUUUUACAAAAUAAAUAUUUUAAUGUUCAGUUGUGGGACGC